AUAUCAGCUCCCACAUAUCAAAGCAUUUUACUUUUUGUUAGGUCUGUUUUAUCUACAUUGUGAGAAAAGAAAAAUACUUAACAGUGGCACGCGACUCACGUACGGACACGCGCAGCAUGUUUCACAGGGGGCGUGCCAGUCCGAUUACGCAACGUCUUAUGGCUUCACGGACCAAUUUGAACAACAACCUGAUCAUUUUUAUGUAAACGUUUUUGUCCUUUAAGUACAUUAAUCCUGUUUUCAUUGGCUAUACAGCCGUUGUUAAAUGAGAGCCUUUGAAUUCAGUUUUAACGACCAUUGAACGGCAUGUCCUGAUUUCCGAUGGACAAGUAAACAAGCGGUGUCUAUGAAAAACACGGUCGAAGAGUCGAAAGAGAGCAGCACAAAAGCGCUGAAAGGGAGCCAUCAAGUGUACACUUCUUAGGGAUGUUCGCAAUUAUGUCCUUCCAGAGAGUUCGCCGUUUGAAGUUCCUUUGGUUGGAAGCUUCUUGGAUUCAAAGGAAAGUUCCUGCAUUGACACCGCUCUGCACCAAAGCAAAUAAUGUCAAGAAGCCUGUCAGAUAUACAAGCAUAAAGAAAGCGAAACCAAAAACUAUAAAUGAUAUUGCCAGAUUACUGCAGCAAAAGACAAAGGAGACCAAAGAGAGGAAACAAUCGGUGAUCCCUGCAUUGAAAGCUGCUACAAGUACAACCAAACCGGCUACACCACAUCAACUGAAUGACCAGAGUGAUGCCAAAGCAACCGUUUCUAAUGCAAAAGUUCAAACUUCUACCAGCACCCUUCCAGCAAUUGUUACUGUGGAAUGUUCUUCAGAAUCUGCGACUCUUGUGGACACUAAACCUGUUCAGUACAUUGUAGAUGUAGAAGCAGUUACAGGUUCUUCUCUGAAUGUGGCCUCCAAAUUGCCUGUAGCAGCGAGCAGAACUUUCUGUGAAACCACACCUGACACUGUCCUAAUAGAUUCUGCUGUGGAUUUUGCAUAUUCAAAAUGUGUUGACCAAAUGGCCAUGGAAGGUCUGCAUAAUAAGACAUGCACUGAAAUUUCAAAUGCAACAGAUGCAGCACCCAAAGCUGUUGAUUCAGGUGUAGAGUCGCCCACUAGUAAUGUUCCACAAGAGGCUUCAACUCAAGGAGAUACGACUGCAAAUAUCAGUCAAGUUCCUGAGCUGUCUUCAACAAACACCAAAGAAAUCAGUCCAUCUUCUGAGGAUGUUGCUUCUGCCUCUAAAAAACUUAAACCAGAAGUAGAUGAAAUAGUUAAUAUGCCUGAAGUUAUGGCAAAUUCUGAAGUUUCAUCUGCGCAUGAGGACGGUCAUCUGGAAGAGUCGUUUUCUGAUUCAGAAGUUGUUACAGUGACCAAUGCAUCAACACAGUACUCUUCACAACCUUCUCAAUCUCAAGACUUUAUAGCUCCCAAUUGGCCUUCAAAUGUCAAUGCAGAUAAAACACCUUCUAGCCAAGAGAUCAUCAAUCAGGCAGUCGGCUCAUUUCCAGUUGGCGCAGUUGAGUCCAUAAUGGAUAUUUCCAGUAUUGAAGGUGUGGCAGUUGCCUGUGGUGAAGUUCCAACCCUUCGAGAAGUUUGUCAUGAAGAAGCCAUUCCAGUCUCUGACCCCAUCCCAGAAGCCUCUUUAUUUAAAUCCACCGAUGAUCUUCCUGUUGUUGAGACCAUAUCUGCAUCUCUAAGUAAAGCCGUAAAGGUAGAUGAUAUGUCAGAAAUGUCUGGUGAUGCUCAAAGCUCCAUCAAUCUGAAGGACCCAAUUCUAGCACAAACUGAUGUUUUAGAGGAAGAGAUGCAGAAAGAAGAAGCAUUUGAAGAGUUGCCUGAGGCACAGCUUGAUCCAAUACAGAGACUCUUUCUCGACAAGAUACGGGAAUACUCCACAAAGAGCCAAGCCUCUGGUGGUCCCGUAGAUGCUGGACCAGAAUAUGAGAAAGCUUUCAAUGAAGAACUAACCAAACUCCAGAGACUCUAUGGGGGUGGAGACUUAAGCAAGUUCCCAGAAUUUAAGUUCUCCGAGCCUGUACUGGAUGAAAGCAGCUCAAAAUGAAAAGCACACCAUGGAAAUAUGUCAUUCAUGAUAGACUAUAUUUUAAAAUGCAAUAUUACAUCAGUUUAUAAAUGGUUAACUUAUUUGAGAAAUGUACACAGAAAAAAAUAAAAAAUAUUGUUUAAACUU